ACCUCCCAAGCUCGGAAGAAGAGCCGUGUUUUGUAGGUUACGUCGCUCCGACUCCGCCGCGACGGCACGGCGCAUUAUCGCGAUCGCGCGUGAAUCGGUCGACGCGCGCGCGACUCGGCGCACGACGCCCGGGCCCGGGGGACUUCGGCGAAUCGCGCGGUGGUGUCGCCGAUUCGGAGAUACGUGCGUCCGCCGAAACGAACCGUGAACACGCGGCACGCUCCCCCUGCUUCGCACCGCGCAGCGAAUGCCGCUAGCGACCGGCGGGAGCGUCGAGCGCCGCGAGUCUCGCCUUUAUUCUCGACGGGCGUAAUCGGACGCGCGAGCAGAGCGAUCCUCGCAAAUUAGCGCGGGAAGGAGAGAGAGGCACCACGAUGUCGGCGUCUCCCAUCGCUAGACAGGCUACUCAAAGCCAGAGCAUACCGUCGAAGAGAAUCGUCAUCCACGAUCCUAACCAGCUACCGGCCGACUACUCGUCCACUCCUGGAGGCACUCUGUACUCCACGACACCGGGAGGUACUCGUAUCGUAUAUGAACGUGCAUUUCUGAUGAAUUUGCGGAACUCUCCGAUAUCGCGAACACCGCCACGAAACACACUGACCAUACCAUCGGAAUUGCUGAAAGGCAGUACACCAGCCAUCACCAGGGAUCCUGCUAAAAAUACUGAUAAAGAUGCAGUGAUUGAAGAAUCCGCGGAACAGUUCGAAAUGGACAUGUGAAUUAAACAUUAUAUACAAACCUGCCGUCAUUCAUGACGAUCGCAAUGUGUUCGUCGUUAUAUCCGAGAACAUUGUCGAUCAGUUUUCUGAGAAUCGCGAAAGUACAAAUGCGAUUCGACUCUGUGCCUUUUGCCACUGGCUUUGCUAAGAAUAUUACACGAGUUUUUAAGAGACAAUGUUCUUUAAUGGAGUAAAGACGAAUUCUCAAUUAUGCUUAUUGUGUGCAAAUUUUCGGAGGUUACGAUUCAGCAACGUAACACGUACAUUUAAGGAAUUACGUUUAAGAAAUGUAAAGCCAUGAAUGUGGACGCGCUAACGCGUAAUUAGCGAUCGUCAGUCUUCCUUUGAAAAUUAUGAAUGAUGUGACGCUUUGUAAUUCGUUCCUUAAGUGACUUCUGUAUCUGUGAAUAAAUGAUACAUUUUUUACUUA